AUGACAACUGCCAUGGAUAUGGUUAAUAAGAUUAAUCCUGAGAAGGAAGCAUGGAACCUCAAAGUUAGGGUGAUUAGGCUUUGGAUUGUUCCUACUUUCACUGGUCAGCUUCUCCUAAAUUCUAUCGAGAUGAUUUUGGUUGAUGAAUCUGAGUGCAAGAUACAAGCUACUAUUCGGAAGACUAUGAUUUACAGGACCACUGUCAGGGCUGCUAUUUGCGAUUUUAUUCCAAAAUUUGCUCUUACAAUCUUUCCAUUCACUGAAAUUUUGGAAACCAAAGAGGAUUCCGAUUUUUUAGUUGAUGUGGUGGGUUUGAUGGUCUUUGUGUCGGAAGAGAAAGAAUAUGAUAAAGAUGGAAAGAAGAUGAAGAUGGCUGUGAUGGAACUUGCUGAAAAUGAUUAUAGGAUUCGAUGUGCCUUAUUUGAUGAAUAUGUUAAUGAAGUUAAUCGUUUUCUGUCUUUUGGUAGAGUUGGACUUCAGAAUGUUAUAUUUGCAUCAAAGCUUGGAUUUAAUCUUAACAUCCCAAAGGUGACAGCUUUUCGAAAAAGUUCUAUUCCACAUGGAGUUAGUGCAUCCCAACCCAUUGGCAUUGUUGGCCCUGGAAAAAAUAUCAGAAUAGAAGAAGACUUUAUGAAGCUCACACCUAGAUUUGUUAACCUUAGGCCAGUAUUUAUAUGCAUCUUAAAAAAAUCCAAGUUUAGAAUGAAGGUGUUGGUUGAGGAUUCCACUAAUAUUUCUAUUUUUGUCCUCUUUGAUCGUGAGGCAAGUUACAUACUGAAUAAGACUUGUGCUCAGCUGUUUGAACAACAUCUUAAGGAUGUUGAUGUUGUGUUUGGCACACAGUCUCCUCCUAUAUUCCAAGAAAUUGUUGGAAAAACUAUGCUGUUCAAGGUUCUUAGUAGGCCUGUUGGGAUGGAGAAAUUCAAAGGGACUUAUCCAGUGAUGCGUGUUUGUGAUGAUGCUGCAAUAGUUGGAAUAUUUGAGCUCUCUGGAUCAUUUGGGAAACCCUCUAAGGUUACCAAAUCACCGAAUUUGGGAUUGACUCCUUCCAGCUACUCUGAGCUCUUUGUUGGUUUGCCUCAAUGUACCCAAAAGGAAUCAAGUGUUGUUGACUUGGGAGUUGAGAAAGAUAUGAAGCCUUCGUUGAAGAGAUUGAGAAAAUCCUUGAGGUUGCAAUUUGAUGAAGCUGAUGAGUCUCGUGGCUUGGGGAAUGAUGGCUCCUCUGGACAGGGGGUUAACUGA